AUGAAGAAGACGUAUUUUUUAUUUCCUCAAACAUAUUACGAAAUAUGGCAAAAUGAAUGCUAUGAUAAAAACAGUAGACCGUGGAAACUAGACCAGGUGAAUAUUAGAGGGAGAACAACAGUGACUACAAAUACUGACGCACUCCGAGAAAAAUAUAUCAGUCGAACGUUGUAUACAACUCGAAUAAAAAUGAAGGGAUAUAUAUAUACAGUUUGCGUUAUCGGACUGUGUGCCUACACAUUGGGUUCCGAAGAAGCUAAAAAACCAGUAGAAAAUAAACCAGUAUCCGAAGACAGUAAAAACCAGGAGAAGAGAGGGAUUUUUGGUACCGGCUAUGGAUACGGUUCCGAAUAUGAGACCAGUGGUCAUGGUUUUCAGCAUGAAGAAGGUAAACUUCUAUCUAAAACUAUAAUCAAGGAGAUAGCUCAACCGUACCCAGUCGAA